GUAAGCAUUAUCACUUUAUUUUUAGCGCAUUGAACUUAUUCACAAUACCACAUGCUACAGGUAUGAUUCCCAUGAAGUUCCAGUACUACAAGAGCCAACAUCCUUUUCCUCUGGGUUUUCCACAUGAGGCUCAUUAAGUGUAUGUAACUGUGAAUUCCAGCAGUCUGGCACAUUCUUGCCCCUACUUAUAUUUUUAGCAUGUGACGCACCAUCCUGGUGAGUUGGAGAAAAAAAUCCCAACAACAUCAAAUGAAAGAAUGGUGUGUAAUUCUAAAAAAUACACAAAUGGAAUUGGAUGCUUAUUCAUAGGGGAGCUCUCUUCACCUUGACCUCAUGACUUAACAUUAACACAGGCUGCACCAGUUACGCUGUGACCGGAAAAAAAUAGAAGAUAAAUAGCAAUCUUGCAGAUUGAAUAGCAAAUCCGGAGUCGGUUUCCUGCCAACUGAUAACCUUUCCAUUAUCUACCAACAGUAGGGUCAACAUGAGAGAAAGCAACAGCAUUUGACUCAACCCACUUCUUGUAAAACACAUGCUACACGUUGGGGCUAAUGACUUCUUAUAACAAGCUUUCAUUUUUACAAAAUAUUUUCCUUCUCAGAAUUGUCCAAUGUAUAUGGCACUAUAUUUUAUAUUGUUUUAUAUUGGUUUAUAUUGUUUCCGUGAUCAAAAUGUGACUGUUGGUGCUGUUUCAAAGCAAUAUAUGAACUUUGUUUUUGUAAUAAGUCUUUCUCUUUAAACAGGAGAAAAUUAUCAAGUGAGGUCCUGUUUCCUAAACAAGAAAUUGCCAUUUUCCUGCAGCGGCUGCAGCGGCGGCAGUAGCUAACACCUCAGGCUGUUGGGAAACUCAUGAUCUUAUCAGUGAAACAAUAGGCAACCAGACAGUCUGACCAACGCCAACAGAGUUUCCAGACUCCUCAAGGUUCAGUCACAUUUCCCUUUACUGAUUUAAAUACAAUCCAUCCUACACAUCCUAGUAAUUUACAGUAAGGCACUUACAUUAGCUUUUGUGGGCUGAUAUUUGCUGGAUUUAAGUAAUCCAGAUAUUCACAGAGUGGACAAUAUAUGUUUAGUAACACCAAAUUUGCAAAUAUUGUAGUUUUGAAUUUAGUUUUGACCUUGUCCGUCUGGAAUAUUGAGCGUGUAUUAUUGAGAAAAAGAUUUAAAUAAAACAUAAUGUGAUGGAGUGAAGCCAUCUUCUUAAUACUCUCUGAAUACACUCCACAAACCUUGGAAUGAGUUGUCAUCGCCAGUUUUCCCUCAUUUAUCAUUUGACUGAGUAACAAUGGAAAGGCAUCCUGCAAUGGAAUAUAAGAUAAUGUGUUUUGGCCACACUGAAUGUGUGGAAACUUCUUGUGAAAGGAAGAGAUCCAAAACAUUUCCACAUCAGGACUUUCUGUCAAUCUAGGUGAAUAUGUCAUUAUACACGUAAUUUGGACAGCAGUAGAUGAUUAGAUAAAACAGUAUUAAUGUCCGGGCUACUGUUAUUGCAUUUGCUUAUUUAAUCCCCAUGAAUGUCUUAUUUAUUGCCAUGUUAAAGCGCGCGUCGGUUGUUUUUGCGGCGCUUUGCAAUCACUCCGCUUCCUACUGGUUGAAAACUUGACGGUUUGCCACAACGUCAUAUCCGACUCACGGGGUUGCCAGGUUUGUUGUUUUCAUACGGAAAAUCUGAAGUGACAGCAAACGAUAACAGAGGCAAAAACACCAUGUUCAGCUCACUACAAAAUGAAAUGUGUAGGUGAAAUUAGUUCCAUUCAAUCUGUUCUCAGUCUGUUUACAUUCUACAGUUUGUGUGUCAUGUGGUUAAUGGAAUACCUUCUUUCACUGGACAAACCAUGUCAUUUCACAACCACGUUUUAUAUUGUGGCUCAUUUGUGUGCAGUAAAAGCACUUUGACUUACAGUGACUUAGUUUCGAUGUAGGCAAAAGAUAGAGAACAAAAAAAGAGCUUGCUUUGGUGCCACUGGGCUGGUUAUGUGCUACUUUUGAUUGACCGUGUAUUGCGGAUUUUUUUUUCCCCAUACACACCUGGCAUCCCUGAGCGCGCGGUAUGUUUGUUUGCAGUCUACUGUCCUUUCUACAUUUCAGUCGUCAAUAAGACAAUAAUGGUGAAGUUUAAGUCAAACUAAGGUGUAGGAACGUGUACCUGAUCCUCGUGCGUCUGAUCGAAAGAUACUGGCUUGUAUGUCGUCUGUAGCGGACAGUUCUGUCCUGACCUGCUGUCAUCAUGUCCCAGACCAACACUUCUCUCCUGGAGGAAGUGGUGCAGUGGAGUCAGGAAACCUGUCGCCAGGAGCUUAAGUCUGUCCUGCCGAAGCUCAACUCUUUGCAGCUUAAAACUGAAAGCUGGGAGGAACAUUUACGUAUACUGAAGAUAAUUACAGACCUGUUCCUCCCACAUAUUGGUUUGUCAGAGCUGGAAGAUGAAUGCUUCUCAAAGAUCUUACCAAAGGCUGUGUCAGUGUUCGACAGCAUGAUGAAAGAAAUCUCAGACCAAGUUGGAGGACUGUCCAGUCAAAACACUGAACUAUGUGCAUUACUAAGGAAUGUUCUUCAGGCAAUGAUGCAGCUAAUUGAUGCACUCUCUACUUGUGUUCGUCAUGUUUGCUCAUUUGAGGAAGCUCCUGACCUGAAUACUAUUCGCUCGUUACCCACUUGUAUCCUGAAAAUCCUGAGGGAGACUUUCUUACACUGCAAGGAGAGUGACGUGGUUUACUGUGGCCGCCUGUCACUGGUGGCUGAUCUGCUGCAGGGACUCUUCAAGGAGGCAUAUUCCCUUCAGAAAGGUCUAUUGGAGCUAUUGGACCAUAUCACCCUGGACAGCAGUGCCUCAGAGGAGGAGGUCUCUGACAUUGUUACAGUGAUUCACAGCUUGCUGGAUAUCUGCUCUAUUAUUUCCAACCUGGACAUUGCACUGCAUGCAAACACGUGGAAAUUUCUCAUCAAACAGAGUCUGAAGUACCGCUCAUUGGUAGAGGAACAUCUGCAUCAUGGUGACAUCAGUUCCAGCUUGUGUGAAAACCUGCUGGCCUCUUUCCACAGCUGUGUGGAGUGGGCAGAACAGAUGACCAAUGCUGGUCAACAGGAGGCAACACAAAGUCCAGAAUACAAGCUGUUCCAGAAAAGUGCAAAGAUGAGCAGGUUUUUUGCCAACACGUUGGUUCAUUAUAUAAAGGAAUUUAAAAUUUUUCUCACAAAGUACUGUAGCUGCUUUCACCAAGUUUACCUUCAGAUUGUCAGUAAGUUUCCUCCCAGCUUGUCUGCUCAGGCAUUGCCCACAGCUCUCUCUGAGGAGUUAAAGGCAGCAGCUCUGGUGCCCAUGGAUGCCCUUCUGCUUCAGCUGUUACCUUUAAGGCCAUUCACUGAGAUUGUCCUCGGGAAGGACCUACGGUUAAGUCCUGAGCAUGAGUUUCCUCACUGUCUUUUGCUGACGAGCGUCUUGGGUCAGCUGGUCACGCAGCCUGAGGAGGUGCUGCAGCUUUGGCACACAGGCAGCCAGUUUCCAGAAGACACACCCAGCUUCUCUACUGUCGCCAGGCAUCCUCUUUACGGCGCCUUGUUCACUAGUUUCCGCCGUUGUUAUACUGAGCGCAAGGUACCGGUGCUCUUGCCAGGAGUGAUGAUGAGAGGUCAGGCCCAGGUCCAAGUCACACUGCACCACCACAUGUGCGUGCAACUCUGUGCCAGUGUGGCUGCACUUCCUCCAGUUUACUUCCCUGUGCUGGAGCGCUGUUUGGUCGAUGCAGUCCUGCAGGCUGAUACACAGACAGCUUUACUGGCAACAGAUGUGUGGUGUUUUACAGCACGGUAUGGGACAGCCGAACUUUGUCUACAUCAUAUCCUCCUCAUUGCUCAGCUGGUGAAGAUGUGCACCACCGAGUGUUACCAGUUAUUCCACUUGAGCCUGCUGCUCAAACGAAUGGUUUUCCUUAUGACGCCAAACCACCAGAUGGAGCUGGUGAUGCGUUUCCCACCCUCAGAAGAGGAGAACCUACCAGUAUGGCGUCAUGUUCUCAUCAGAGCUCUUUCUCAGGACGUCCGUCACCGUGUGGAGAAGGACAUCAUUGGCGUAACUCAAAAAGUGCUGACUGACUGGCAGAAUGGAGGGCACAAACUGGGACAAGUGGACAAACUGAACGUGGUGCUGAUGUCCCUCCUAGUAGUAGUUCGAGGGCAGUCAUCUCUCCAAGAACAGUGUGUGUUGUCUGUUAUGAAGAUGGUCACGCAGCUCUGGUUGCGCAUGAGUUCAGAUCAGGUGCAGACCCAGCCUGCGCUCCAGUGCACUCUGCAGCUGCUUUUGUCCAUGUCGACAGUGUUGGUGAAGAACGUAGACCCUCAAUUCAUUUGUCAGGCGCUGUUGUGUGUGGAUGCUCUGAUGUCUCAAAAGUGUUCAGAUCACCAGCUGUUGCUGGCUGCUCUGGAGUUCCUGGCCUCCCUGGGGAAGAUUUUUGUCCCUGCCGACAACCAGAGUCACAUUCUGCCAAGGCUGAGUAGUCUGUUUGGAGUCCUGCUGGCUGACGGACCAUGGCUGCUACAUCAGCAUGCCCUGGAGGCCUUCUCUCAUUUUGCAGAAGUUACAAACCACGAGGAAGUCAUUUCCCAAAGUUUGAGCAAAGAAGAAACAAAGACAAAGGUGGUGAAUUAUCUCAGCAAGACCGUUAAUGCUCGGGAAGAUGCAGAGUCACGGCUACACAGGCUCAAGAUGGAGACAGCAGAGAUCGAGCAACAUAAUGAGAAGCUGGAACACAAGGAAGAAAAUGAUUGUAACAAACAGCCUACUGAAGCUGUUACAGAUUCAGAGCCAUGUCCAAAAAGAGCUCGGCAGGAGACCGGUGCAGAGGAGUACAGUCGCUACAUCCAGACAGCUGAGAGUGCUUUAAAGGCCCUUCAGGCUCUGAUUGAGGGCCAAGCCAACUCGUCUGCUCCACCACAGUGGCUGGAAUCCAAACUACAGGAACUGCACACCCUCAUAAACCACAUUAGUGCAGCUGGGCAAACUAUCUAGCAGCUUUAGCUUUAAUUUACAUUAUAAGUAGAACAAAAAAAGUCUAUCAUACCCAUUGCUGCUACUGAAAAUUGUUUGUCUUCCCUUUUUUUUUAAAAAAACUUUUGUUUUAUAAUGUUUAUUAAACUUGUUUGAAUACAAA